AUGCCGGCACCUACCAACGGCUCGCUCGGCGAGUCGACACCGCUGCUCGGCUCCCGUCGCGACAACGAGCCGAAAUGGAAGUCGUACGCUAAGAACGUAUGGCAGAUGGUCUGGGGCACCCUCUCCAGCAACUACGUCAACGUGUUGCUUGUCUUCGUCCCGCUGGGCAUCAUCGCCGGCAAGAUGCAAUGGUCUCCCACCGCCGUCUUCAUCCUCAACUUCAUCGCAAUCAUGCCACUGGCCGCGCUGCUGAGCUUCGCGACCGAGGAGCUGUCGGCGAAGCUGGGACAGACCUUGGGUGGCCUGUGCAAUGCGACAUUCGGAAAUGCGGUCGAACUUAUUGUGUCGAUCGUUGCGCUCCAGGCGAACCAGAUCCGCGUUGUCCAGGCUAGUAUGCUGGGCAGCAUCCUCUCUAAUAUGCUUCUUGUCCUUGGUUGCUGCUUCCUAGCAGGCGGAAUUCGCGCGCCUGAGCGUGAGUUUAAUGCGACGGUGGCCUCGACCAUGUCUUCUUUGAUGGCUGUCGGUUCAGCAGCGCUGAUUAUCCCCGCUACUCUUUACACAGCCAUCUCUGAGCAGAGCGACCACAAGAUCCGCGACGACGACCCCAACAUCCAGCUCUUGUCUCGCGGCACCGCUAUCAUUCUGCUCCUCCUCUAUGUUCUUUACAUCGUGUUCCAGCUUUUCACCCACCACCAACUGUUCUCUGACGUCGAGGCGCAAGAGGGAGGUGACGAAGAGGAAGGUCCUAAAGAGGGGGAUAUCCUCGGUCCCGUUGCCGCCGUGGUGGCACUCGUCCUCGUGACUGUUGUCAUCGCCUUCUGCGCCGACUACCUCGUUGACAGUAUUGAUUCCAUUGUGGAAACCGCUCACAUCAACAAGACCUUCAUCGGUCUCAUCCUCAUCCCCAUUGUCGGAAACGCCGCUGAGCACGUGACGGCCGUCGUGGUCGCGCUCAAGGGUAAGAUGGACCUCGCCAUCAACGUCGCCAUUGGCAGCAGUCUGCAGAUUGCGCUCUUCGUAACUCCGUUCCUCGUUAUCCUCGGCUGGAUCAUGGACCGCAACAUGACGCUGCACUUCCAGGGCUUCGAGACGGUCAUCUUCUUCCUCUCGGUCCUGGUCGUCAACUACCUCAUCCAGGACGGAAAGUCAAACUACUUGGAGGGCUGCAUGUGCCUCGGAAUGUACAUCAUCAUCGCCCUAGCCUUCUACGUCAAGCCCGAAGACGCCUCCGGUAAUCUCGGCAGCAGCUUCUUCGCGAAACUCUUCUAA